AUGGACUCGACACGGGCUGACGUGCAUCCACCCGGAGCACCGGUCUUCUCCGACGAGAAGCUGCCGGCGACCGAGAAGAUAGCGACAACAACACCCGUCCCCCCUGCGACCGAAGAGAAACUUGCCGCCGCUUCUAUCCCUUCAACAACGCCGGCAUCUAUACACAAUGCGUCAAAACCUGCCGAAGAAGAGGAUGACCUGGUGGCCAAAGUCCUCAGGUUCUUGUCGACCGCGACUCCCGAGGCCCUCGGAGCCGUCGCAGUCGCUCUGGCAGCUUCAACCUACUUCAUCCUUGGCAAGGUCGGACUCGUGCUCAUUGGCGCAUUCGGCGGCGUUGUCACCUUCAUCACCUAUGAGGCGCGUCAUCCAGAGGUCUCGCGCGCAGUCCGAGGCGAGAAGGGCAUCGACGUUCUACAACGCCUGGCGCUAGUCAAGAUCGCCGAACCGCCCAAGAACGACGCGGAAGAGGAGGACCGACUCAUACACGGGUUUGACGACUUCCAGCCCGAGACGCGCGAGGCGUUGACUGGUCUGGUGGACGCCAUCAUCCGCGACUAUGUCAAAUGGUGGUACUCCCCCAUUCUUCCCAAUGACAGCUCAUUCCCUCUAUCCUGCAGGAGGCUCCUUAACUCGUUCCUCCUCUCCGUCUCGAACCAUCUCUAUCGCAAGCGACCCGCCGAUUCCUUCAUCGAUUUCAUGACCAAUGCCUCGUCCAUGUUCAUCGUCUUCCUUUCCGAGCUCUCCUCAGCGUUUACCGAGCAACAUAACGAUCCCAAUUCUUCCGCUGUCGACAUCAUCGCCAAGUACCUCGAAGAGAACCCCAAUUCGAACUUGGCCAACCUCUUGAGCCAUCCACAACAAGCGGCCAAGUUUCGCAAUGUGGCAGAUGAUCUACUUGGCUUCUUGGACCGGUCAGCAUACAAUUGCGACCCGGCACGCGUGUUCCUGAGAGAGAUCCUGGCCGGGGUAAUUCUUGAAAUGAGCUUACAGUCGUGCUCGAAGCCGGAGUGGAUCAACGGAUGGAUAGUGUACCUGCUGGAAGCUGGAGAGCCCGAUUUCAGCCAGGCCAUCGACGUCGGCAUGCAGACAGGGCCCGACGCAGCCAAUGCUAGUAAUGCUAGCAGUGCGAUCAACAACGCCUUCGUCGACAUUGACGGAAACGUCGGCAAUAUUUCCCUGGCCAAGGGGAACCGCAACUCAUUGGAUAUGGAGCGAGAACGCCGGAAAGGUUCAUCGGCGGCGCACAAAAAGCAGCUUAGCAAGGCUGACGAGGAGAUGGAGGAGGCCAUGGAGGAGAUGAAGCGCAUGAACGCCUUGAUUGCCGAGGAAGAGGCUAAGAGAGCCACGUCACGACAAAGCGUUGACUCGAUGCCAAGGCCGACAGUGCAAGCUACUGGGAGCAAGAUAGUGUCCUCACCUGGGGAGCUGUCGCCGAGAUCGCUGUCUUCGGCAGAGAAACCAUCGACAAACGGAUCCCAUGGUUCCCAUGAAUCUAACAGCUCCAACAAAGGUGAAAGCGUGCAUUCACCCAUCACACCGAGAUCUGCUGCGGAUUCUUCCAGCCAGAAAUCGUCGCCGAAACACGCCUCCAACGGAAGCACGUCUCAAUUCCUCAACUUCGAUCAAAUCGUACCACCUGCCAAGGAGGACCCGGAAGCAUCAGAAGAGGGCUCCCGCAAGCCUCCUUUGACCCUUCACAAUGCCACCAUCACCCUCUAUGAGGACGGAAAUGACAGCAGCAAAAUCCGGAGCAAGCCGACUUGGGACUACAUGGUGCAGAUUGAACCAUCGUCCUCCCAUUAUCCCGGUUGGAUGAUCGUCAGGCAAUAUUCGGACUUUGAGACUUUGCACGAGAUUCUCAGGCGUAUCGCAACGAUUUCGGGCGCAACGGCCUUUACAGAGCAACACUCCACGCUUCCUAACUGGAAAUCACACACGCGGGCAUCACUGCGUGGUGAGUUGGAGCGAUACGUGAAAGAUGCCUGUUGGUAUAAGUCACUCGCUGAGAGUGAGGGCAUGAAACGAUUCCUCGAGAAGGAGUCGGGCCAUGGGCACAGUAGUUCCAAGUCUGGCCUGGCAUGGGACACUGUCGGCAAGAACAUGUUGGACGUUUUGACAAUGGGACCAAAGGGUGCUAUGGAGGGCGGCAAGGCAGUGUUUGGCGGGGUGACUGGCGUUUUCAACAACAUCGGCCUUGGCCCGAGGAAAAACACGACGUCUUCCCUGUCGGAAAUUCAAACAUCAAACCGAUGGUCGACAGGAACACCACCGCGGAUGGACAGCAUGACUAGCCUCAAUGCCGCCGUCACGUCACCAACCGGAGCGGGCCCCCGAAAGGGCAGGGACAGUCUCGACAGCCAAAGAUCUUCAAUCGUCGCGACCCAACCGGGGAAGAUCGCUCCGAUGGAGCGACGGCCCAGCUUCGAUCCACGGGGAGACUCUGAGGCAGAUGGCCUCAAGCCCCGUUCUGAUCGCUGGGAAAGGAACUCUACAAGCGCUACCGGCAGUCGCGAACAUAGUAGAGCUUCCAGCCUAGCGCCUUUGCAGUCGCCCGCUCUGAGGUCGCCCUCCUCGACGAGCCUUGAUGUUAUGAAUCUCCAGUAUCUCCCUCCACCUCCAGAUGAGAUGCCCGAAGACUACCAAUCGCCCACGGAUGCAGAAGUACAUUCCAAGAUGAACGAUCUUGCUGCACCACGCAACUCAACCGGGGCUGCCUCGCCCAGCCCACCGCAGGCCCAGACAAACAAGAAGGGGCCAAAACCCGCACGACAAUACCCUCCAUUGUCGGAGCAAGAAACCAACGUGGCUGUCGAGCUGGUCUUCGCCAUCAUCAAUGAGAUGUACACGCUCUCGUCCGCUUGGAACAUCCGGCGCACGCUGUUGGCCGCCGCUAAGUCGUUCCUUUUGCGACCCGGCAACCCAUCCCUGCUCUCAAUCCAGAAGAUGAUGCAAGAGUCUGUCAUUGAUGCCAACACGAAGGACGAGGGUCUCGCGUACCACCUACGCAAGCUAAGAGAAAACACGAUGCCGACGGACGAGGAGCGUGCCACAUGGCCUUCUGAGAUGACUGAUGAAGAGAAGGAAAAGCUGCGCAUCAAGGCCCGCAACUUACUCAUCACGAGAGGUGUUCCGGCCGCUUUGUCUGGCGUCAUGGGACAGGCGGCAACGACCGAUGCCCUCGGACGUAUCUUUGACAGUCUUCAGAUCGAGGAGGUGGCGAGAGGCUUCAUGUUUGGCAUGCUGCUUCAAGCCGUCAGGGUUAUUACCCACUAA